CUAUUUAUUUUUAUUUUUUCGUUCCAGGACAAUUGUGAAUCAGAGGAUGGGGGAGAAUGUGAGGAGACAAUUCGCUUUGGCGCGUGAAAGGAGUGAGAAGGAAAAUGGACCAUUCGUUCGAGGAAGUGGGGAUCUGGAUUAAAAGCAAACGAGGACAUAGACCGAGACCCACAGCCAUCUCGGACCUUGAGCAGUUGAGGUCAUCAAGUAUAACUUUGAAUUUUUGGCCACUUCGUGAUUUUUUUUUUGUUCAAUCCCCUCGUUUUACGCUGAUUCAUCCAUUCAUGAAAUUAUCACGGGUGUGAGCAAUCAAACAUGGAGUUAAGACUUCUGAUGCUGCUUGUGGUCCUGGUGGUUGAUGGGACGAUUGGUGAUACUCGUUACUUCAUUAAACGUCAGUCUGAUGACCUGAAAAUAGCUCAGCCACAGGAGAGUGGUGAGAAGGAAAAGUCCAGGGCGAUUUAUCGGCUCGAGGAUGCCGAUUCCAUCAGAGAUGCUAUGAAAGUUAAUAAUGACAAGCGCAACUCGUUCGUCGAGAGUUCCACCUUCGAUCCCGAUGUGCUCAACAAGUUUCUAGAUGAGUACGCUAAUAAAAUUAGGAGUACAACGGAGAAAUCGUUCUAUCAUUUGAAGACAACGAAAAUGCCUGGAGUGACUCUGCUGGAGAUCGAUGGAAAAAAAAGUACAGAGGCACCUGCCUCGACGGAGGGAUCGAUCAAUCCUCUGGACAAUAUUGAGAGCCUGAAUGACACCGUGAAGAGGAAUAAAUUCUACAGCAGCCAGGGGAAUGACAACCGAGACGGCUGGGUUACUCUGGAGGCCGUCCCCUGGUCGAAGAGUAAAAUCUCGAAAUGGCAGGCGAAUCCCAACUCCCAACGGCCCUGGCCAGAGGCCACGAAGUGGGAUAAACCGAGUGGUGGAAAGCCCUGGGCUAACGAUUUCUCCUCGAGGCCUCAUUACGAGAACAACAAGCCAUGGUACGACAAGCCAAAACCGCAGUGGCCAGACUUCGAUCAGCCGCAGACACGCCCAAAGCCGCAGCCAGGUCGUCCUUACCCUCACGAUCAGUACGAAUCGGUGUCACAGACGCAAAAGUGGCCCCCAGAGCGUCCAAACUCCGCCUGGGAGACAUUCCCCUCAUCCCAUCGCCCCCAGAGUGACAUAAUAACCGACAACAGACCAGCAAACUUCCCCGUCAGCACUUGGGACAAGUACGACCAGCUAUCAAAACCGGGUUACACAUUCCACGACAGAUAUUCGACGGACCCGGAGGAAACCGGCAACGACUGGCCAUCGUAUCCCAACAAAUUUGACCAACCAAAGCCAACGAGACCCUUUUACUCUCAAUACAACUACGACAACCGACAUCCACCGUCACACCCAUCAACUGGUGAUGGCGAGUGGAUUCUUCUAUCGACUAAUCGUGGCUAUCAAAAGUCACGUCAACGCUCUCUCAAGUUUGAGACGAUUGACAACAUCAAUCUCAUGCCAAAUGGCACGAAAAAAAAUGAUGAUAAUGAUCCAGCUAUACCUGUGAUGACAUCCAAACGACAGGUACGUCUGACGGUUUUACCGUCGUUGAAUGGAACUAAUACGACAACGUCACAUGGGGGGCUGCUUGAGGUUGAGAGGACUUUUAAGACGGUCGAUCAGAGCCAGAGAGAGUUUGAGGCGGGAAAGUUGACGCAGAAGGUCGAUAAGAAGAGGCCCAUCAGGACUUCUGUUGCAGCGAGACCUUCUAAUUCAGCGGUUCUUGCUGCUGUUGGGGCUGGAAUGCUUCCUGCUACCAUGGCGAUGAUGAUACCCAUGAUGCUGGGGAGGAGGAGACGAUCCGCGGGGCCUAGGGAUGGAGGAGGGCGCAAUUUUUCCAUAAGUCAGUAGUUUAAUUGUGGUAGUGAAAUGGUUGACGAAUUUUUCGGGGUUGUAGAGAAUUACUGGACGAGUUGGAGCGGAAAAUCAUUGACAAUUUUAGCGCGUCAUGUUUCGGGGAAAUUAUUUCCUAAUCAAUCGGUUGAUUUUCUUGGAAAAAUU